GGAGAGUUUUAUCCGUUUUCUUCAUAUUCGUCUCUGAGGCCCUAUAUAUCAACCAAGAAUGCUUAAGUCACUGUGCUUCCUAGUCCUGCUCUUCGUAGCCCUUAGCGAUGCCUUCUAUGGUAAAGGAUACGGUAAAAGCAUUGUUAUCCUCGGUGGAAAAGGAAUAGGUUUUGGAGGAUAUGGCGGAUAUGGAGGAUAUGGUGGCUUUGGAGGAUUUGGAGGAUAUGGCGGAUAUGGAGGUAAAGGAUGGGGAGGAUAUGGAGGCUUAGGAUAUGGCGGAUAUGGUGGAUAUGGUGGAUAUGGAGGAUACGGUGGAUAUGGCGGAUACGGAGGAUAUGGCGGAUAUGGAGGAUACGGCGGAUACGGCGGAUAUGGCGGAUACGGAGGAUAUGGCGGAUAUGGCGGAUACGGAGGUUUUGGAUGGGGAGGAAAAGGUUAUGGAGGCUUAGGAUGGGGAGGAUAUGGCGGAUAUGGUGGCUUUGGAGGAUAUGGUGGAUAUGGCAGAUAUGGAGGUAAAGGAUGGGGAGGUCUUGGUGGAUAUUGAGGAUAUGGCGGCUAUGGAGGAUACGGCGGAUAUGGAGGA